AUGUUCUCAUCCAGAUCGCCACUUCAAGUUGUGCUGGGCCUCCUCACGGCCUCAGCGACAGCCUACUGGCUACCCGAGACGCUGGGAUCCUCUGUGACGACCUGCAUUGUCCCAAAGAACACAACUGGCAACGAUGACAGUCCCAGCGUCACAGCCACGGUCGAGGCAUGCAGUAAUGCCUCUCGCAUCAUUUUCAGCGGGAACGAGACCUACAAUUUGAUGACCCCAAUCUCCUUCACGGAUCUCACCAACGUUGAGUUCGUUAUCAACGGUAAUGUCUCCUUACCGUCCAAUGUCAGCUACGUGGAGUCUGUCACAGGGAACAGCGAUCUCUAUUCAGGCCACUGGAUCACAGUCAAGGACAGCACGGGCGUCACGUUCACUGGCACUCAGGACCCCAGCUCGGGCUGGUUCAUCGGUCAUGGAGAGCAGUGGUGGCCUAUGGUGAACAACAGUGACAAUGACUACCGCCCACACUUUUUCGAAUUUUCAGUGACCACUCUUCGCCUGCGAGACGUCAAGGUCUAUAACCCCGUGGCCUGGGUCUUUUCGCUGAGCGGCACGGACAUCUACAUGACGAACACCACCCUCGACGCCCGCUCAAGCGAUCCCAUCAACGCUUUCCCUUUUAACACGGACGGUAUGGACCUGUCGGCCUCGGACGUUGUCAUUGACACCUGGACAUCUUGGAACGGGGACGAUGUUCUGAAUGUGGCCCCUCCAGCGACCAAUGUCACCAUGCGGAAUAUCGUUGCCUACGGUACCCAUGGCGUGUCUGUGUCCUGCUCACCUGGAACGGGAGGUGAUUAUCUAUUUGAGAAUGCCUUCAUAUACGACUCUCUACUAGGAGCUCGUUUCAAAGGCGACCUGGGCACCACCUGCAAUCUCAGCAACGUGACAUGGCGGAACUUUGCCAUUUUCAACACAAGCUACCCAGUUCAUUUCAUCGAAAAUUAUGUCGAUCAAGAGACGGGCGUCGCCGCUGGCACAAACACAAGCCUGGCGGCGUACACUACCAAUUUCACGUGGGAGAAUAUCGUGGCCAUGACCAGCGAAGAGCUGGGCGAUGGGAGUUGCAUUACGGAUCCAUGCUGGACCUACACGGAUGGACAAUCUAACCAAAAAGCCAUGUACAUAAUGUGCAAAGACGCUGCACAUUGCCAGGACUUCCACUUUGACGAUAUUGUGCUCUUUGGGGCCGACGGAAAGCCUGGCGAGAUGGACUGCAGCGGGCUAGAGGGAGUCGAGGGCAUGGGAAUUCCAUGUACAAAUGGAACACUACCUACACAAUGA